AUGUCUUCUCGCUCUGGAACCACCCUCUAUGUCACCGGCUUUGGUCACGGUACUCGCGCUCGUGACCUCGCCUACGAGUUUGAGCACUAUGGGCGGCUGGUAAGAUGCGACAUUCCAGCUCCUAGGACCGCCUCUAGCCGACUCUUUGCCUUUGUGGAGUACGAAAGCCGCCGAGAUGCUGACGACGCCUACCAUGAAAUGCAUAACAAGCGGAUCGGAAGGGAUGAUGUUCUGAAAAUCGAGUGGGCUCGUACUCCUCCGUCUGCUACCUGGCGCUACGAAGCUGGUCGUGGAGGCCGUGAACGUCGUGACCGCACUCCUCCUCGUCGAAGCUACCGUUCCCCGUCACCCCGCCGCCGUGAAUACUCUCCUCGCAAGGAUGAUCGCCGUGACCGCGACCGUGAUCGCGAACGCGAACGCGACCGCGAUUACGAUGACCGACGCCGCUCUCGCAGUCCCGCCGAUCGUGAUCGUGACCGUGACAUGAAGGACGACCGAGACCGACGUGAUGAUGACCGCGAAGCAGCCACAAAUGGCGACGACCGGAAAGGUACGAUGGACAUGGACACCGAUGCUGCCUGGAAUUGA